GUGGGCGGGGGCGGCCGCAGCUGCCUUGGGAACCGUGCUGCUUAGGCUUAGGUACCACUUACUGGUCUGCCCUGUGGAGCAGCUCCGUUGGGCAGCACCCGUUCGCUCUGAGGUCGAAGAAGCAUCCCCAUGCAAGGCCGCGGAGACUGGGAGGAGACAUCCACAGCUGUCCAAGACGAAGCAUCCUCUGCCCACCAGCAGAGCACAGGCCAUCAAAGCCAAAUCAGAACUUGAAUUCUUUGCGGCUGAUUGCAGAGCUGGCAGGCCAACGAUUUUCCAGGGAAAAGUAAUGGAAAGUCUUGACGUCCUCAGGACUGGGAUCUGCAAACCCCAGUGCACCGAAGUCAGGGCUGGGAUCUGCAACCCCCAGUGGACCGAAGUCAGGGCUGGGAUCUGCAACCCCCAGUGGACAGAGGUCGACCUACUCCGACAGCGAGCUUUCUCAGGAGGGCACCUGUUGCAGAGGCUGGAAGUGAAAUAAAGGCGUGCACUUGUUUCCUAGCUUAUGUUUUAUAAUCUAAGAAAUAAGGGGUGAGGGACUUUGAGAAGGGGCUGUGGUUGAGAUCCGAGAAGUGAGUUUAAGGGAUAUCUUUACAUUUUUUUUUAUUUGAGUAUGAUUGACACACAAUUAUUUUAAUGGAUAUCUUAUUUAUUAUCACAAAUCUAUGAGACUUAGACCUUUGCACUCUAUUUUGAGAGCCCAGUAACAGUCCCACACACAAUUUCACCUAGAAUUCAAAGCAACAGUUGCCCUCCCUCCUGUAGGACUUACAGGAGUGAUGGAUGUAGCUCUGAAAAGUACCCUGCUAGCACAAAGACAUCCAGUAUCUCCAGAAAGUUGUAAUAGCCAGUCUCCUGCAGCAUAUUUUUAGGUCAGUUAGCAAAUAUAAAAUGUAUUGCAGGGUGUUCAUGGAAGUAGAGCGACUGCAGACCACUUCCCUGCAAUCUACUACUUACUGACCUUUUCUUCCCCCUUUUCUUUACAGUCCCUAUUGAGAUACAAGGAAAGCAGAGCCUGGGAACAUUGCUUUGGGGAUUCCUCAUACAGAUUAGGCUUUUCUGAAAAGCCUGAGCAUCUUGUUAUAUUCAGAUAGAAGAUCAUCCACCAUCAUGGCUAGCAUCAUUGCAUGUGUGGGUAACAGCCAGAGGCAAAACACACCCUGGCCACCUUGGGCCCAUUCAAUUUUGAGGUCUCUGGGGAGGAGUCUUGGUCCUUUAAGUGUCAACAUGGCAGAAAGAAAUGUGAAAUUGUUCUCAGGGAGAGUGGUGCCAGCCCAAGGGGAAGAAACCUUUGAAAUGAUCCAAGUCAAUGGGGUCCUGCCCAAUUGGAGUAUGUCUGAGGAGGAAAAGCUCAAGUGCUUGAUGAAAACCUUUAGGGGCCCUGCCAGGGAGGUCAUGCGUUUGCUCCAGGCUGCCAACCCCAAUCUAAGAGUGGCUGAUUUCUUGCGGGCAAUGAAAUUGGUGUUUGGGGAGUCUGAAAGCAGUGUCGCUGCCCAUGGUAAAUUUUUUAACACUCUGUAGGCACAAGAGAAAGCCUCCCUUUAUGUGAUUCUUUUAGAAGUGCAGCUUCAGAAUGCUAUUCACGCAGGGAUCAUAGCUCAGAAAGAUGCAAACAAGACUUGCCUGCACCAACUCCUUUUAGGAGCUAAGCUGAAUAUGGACCUGCAUUUUAAGCUGAAGCAUCUUCUUAGGAUGUAUGCAAAUGAUCAAGAGCAUCGUCCUAAUUUUUUGGAGUUAAUCAAGAUGAUAAGGGAGGAAGGGGAUUGAAAUGACACUUUUAUGAAACCGAAGAGACUCAAAAGGUCUGGGCUAAUCUUGGAGAGGGCAGCAAGCCACAUGGCAUUUCAGGGCCCUCAGCCAAUAGCAAUCAGCAAUGAUGACUGCAAUGUGAUAGAGGUAGACGAUACUCUUGAUGACUCAAAUGAGGAUGUGAUCCUAGUUGAGUCUCAGGACCCUCCACUUACAUCCAUGAAUGUCCCUCCUCUCAGAGGCAGGACCAGAUGUCUGGAUCAAAUAGUGGUUAUUGAUUCUUCCAGCAGUUCUGUGGCUCAAUCUCCUUCUACCAGUGGGGGUUCUGGGUAUAAGAAUGAUGGUCCUGGGGAUAUGCGUAGAGCCAGGAAGCGAAAAUACACAGUCUUCUGUUCGUAUUGCAGUGAGGAGGGCCACUCAAAGGAAACCUGUGACAGUGAGAGCAACAAGGCUGAGGUGUUUGAGAAUCUGAUCAUCAUUCUGCAGGAGCUGACACAUACAGAAAAGGAGAGGUCAAAAGAAGUCCCUAGCAGACACCAUGACCUCUCUGGGCCUCUAGUAAGGUGCUAGACCCAGCCCUAAGUGAAUCCUUUACUGUAUUCAGAUGGGAAAAUGAGAGUGGGUAGACUUCUAUCUGCAUUAAUUAAUCCAUAAAUUGGCUUUAUUUUGGACUGGAGAGGUCUUGGAUACCACCAAAGUGGAGAGGAUGGCCUGCCCUCUGUCCCUGCUAAGGGUCUGUUCUCUGCCUGUGUCCAUUUCCUUGGUGACUUUAUUCUUCUUAUGAAAGAAGUGUUACUCUGUUAAACCUUCACAAAAUGAAGGAAUAUACAAAAAAUACAAAUUACCUGAAACUCUCCAUCCUUAUAUAAACAUUGUGAGCCCUUUGAUAAAUGUCCUUCUAGAUAUUUCCCUAUAACUGUGUACAGGUAUGUAUAGAUAAAAGUGAUCAAAUGUAAGUUCUGUUCUAUACUGUGUAUGUUCUAUACUGUGUAUGUCUCUGUGUGUGAUGUAACUUUUAGGAAUAUAGAAGAAAAAAAAAUAAGAACCAAAUAUAGAAGCUCUAAUGGGGGUGGGGUCAUAUUGUGAAAUGGAGUUUUUUACCAGCCUCACUUACAGAUGAGGAAAAGGGAAGCUGAAAUGGGCUGAGUAUCUCCCCAAAAGCCCCUUAUCACACUGGCAUGGUCCUAGGUCAGGGUCAAAUCUGCAUCCACUAGUUAAUAAUAUCCCAAUGCUUUCUUCCCUAAUGCAUCCUGAGAAAAGUGAUCAUGGACAAGGGUUGGGAGAAAAAUGGGGAAUGGGUAUCUCAGGGGUUCUAUUCCUGUUCACUUUGGGAAGGAGUGCUCUCCCUCCCCUGGGUAGAUUCCUUAGACUGCUGCUACUGCUUCUUCUGGACAAUACCUGGUGGCACCAAUAAGACUGUCCUUUGGGCUGACACUACCCUAUGCUUCUUCCCUCAGUACUGAGAAAGCAGCUACUCAUCAGAAUUUAGUACCAGGGACCUCAGCACCUCCCAAGCUCCCCCUGGCUACAUUGUAGAGGACAGCAGCCCAAGGACUCUAAGCUAACCUUGUUCUGAUCCAACAAAUGGGAAUACCCAAGGAAGGAACACCCAAGGAAUCUGGGUGCCAGGGAAUAUGAAAAUACAUGGGAAUUAGAAAGUCCACAUACUCUUUUUAUUUUUUAGUGUUUAUUUAUUUUGAGUGGGGAGGGGCAGAGAGAGAACCCCAAGCAGGCUCUAUGCUGUCAGCUCAGAGCUUAACAUGGGGCUUGGUUUCAUGUACCAAGAGAGGCAGAUGCUUAACCUACUAAGCCACCCAGGCACCCCUCCAUAUACCCUUUUAGAACUGAGGACAUCAAUAGGAAAGAGAGAUCACGGAAGGACCUUCCUGGACACCUGUUCCUGCCCCAUCUCAUGGCCUCACAUUGGAAAGUGAUAAAAAAUGACCCUCUGUGCAUAAGGGUCUCCCUGUUCUUUGUAGGUAUAUCAGUUCCUAUCCUUGUGAGCAAGACAAGGUUGAUAGGGGAUGUUUUAAUUUAAAUCAGGGGAUAGAGGGGAAUGAAUACAGACCUGAGGGGUUUGUGAGGAAGGAAAUAUGGCUGAGAGGACAGAGUGUGGCACGGUGGAAGGUAGUGUGUGGAGGAGAGGAAGCAUAGAGCUGUAGAGAUUGGGGGAGGAGAAGACAGGGAGAGGAGGGGAGGGCACCUUGACUGGGCAGGGGAUUCACAUCUAGACUGGUAGGAAUGGCAGACUCUGGAGGUUUCACACAGAACCCUGGGCUGUGUGGUCCUGAGGGAAGAAGGGUAUUGGGGCUCUAAUUAUGCUAGCAGUUAAUGGCCCCUCAACAGGGACAAAGGGGUGUAGGCUCAGGCCUCUGGGGAGGGGUAGAAGCCAGGCACUGCAAGAAGCCCACUGCAGCCUUCCCCGGACUGCCAUACCCAGACCCUGCCAUGAAGUGCUUCUCCUUCCAGAAUCAUCCCCAUCAGCUCCUCCCUGGCUUCUUGCUCCUGCUUUGUCCCUGACCCCUUAAUCCGACCUUUCAACCCACCUCUCCUCUCCCCCAGCCACACACUCUCUCUCUAUGGACGGGUGUGGAGGCUCAGCCUCCUGUGCUCUGCCAGCACCCCUCCCCUCCCCUUAGCACCCUGUGUUUGCCUUCAGCUUCACCUCCUUAACCCCAUGGCCAGAAGGAGACUGGGAGGGCCCUUCUGCCUUGGACCCUCUAGCUGAGAACUGGCCAGGAGCAAAGGCUCAUGAGGCCCACUUCUUGCAUCCCUCUGGGACAAUUCUAGACCCCUGGUAGCCACCUCCAUCUUUCUAGCAUCAAAAGAGACCCCUAUCCCCUGAGUUCCACUCAGGCCCCCAAAGCCAUAGGGGCCCAACAACAUUCCCUGACUCUUGGUUUAUAGUCUUUUAUUCCUCCCUACUCUUCUGUAAAUCUACCCUUGGAAGGGAUCUGCCCAUUUAUCUAUCCUAGAUUAAUGUAUCCUUUCUUUUUCUCCUCACCUUUUCUCAUUUUUACUCUAUAAAUGCUUGUUGAAUAAUUUACCCAAAUAAACAGUUUAUGCUGUCAUAAUUUCUUUCUGGGACCAGGUAGGGUAAAAAGAAAAAUAAAUACAACACCUACCACUGCCCUCCUUUUCACUGGCCUUAGCUUGGGAGUUCAGUACAGACAACUGCUUUGUAAAACUGUUCUGAUUAAUCCCCAUUACUUCCUUCCCUCAUCAUCUUCUUUGUCCUGUAAACCUAAAAUUGUCUGAGUUUUUAUUUCACCAAAAUGACACAAACCUGAUCCUUUAUUUUACUUUGUGUAGCAUUUGCUUUUCCAGUAUUCAGGACAUAUGUAUCUUCCCCGAGGGACCUGGGAAUUCAGAUCAAACUAAGGGGAUUAACCAAAAUAAGGCUUUUAGAGAAUUUUGUGCCUGGUACCCUUUAUUUGAGAUUAUUUUUCCCCUUCUCCCUUCACUCUCAUGAAUUGCUAAGAGAUGAAAUGAAUCUUUUGUCAGGAGAAACUAGCCUUUGCAUGACCUUCUUGUGCAUUAUCCCUCUUCUUCUAGAUACUAUUUUCCCUUGUUUUCUAUGACACCCCUAUCUCACAGUUUCCCUCAGAUCUUUUCGGUGCCUACCUCUCAGUCUCUUUUGUUAAAUUUUCUUUCUCUUCCUGAUCCUUUCAUAACAGCAAUUGUUGGAGAAAUGAAAAAAGUACUGCGCCAAAGAUGGCCGAUGGGACUAAAACAAGCUCUGGUCUCUAGCUUAGAGACCCUUCUUCUGGGUUCUUCUUGCCCUGUUUGCCGCGCUCACGAAAACCCACCACAGAUAUGGAAGCUGACAACUAUAAAUUACCCUUCCCACUUGCAUUUGGCGCUCAGAUCUUUGGAGAAACAGUCUCUUCUGAGCCCUCCGGUGUUAACUAAAUCUCCGAUCCACCAAGAUCUCUGAGUGCUGCUUGGUUUUUCUGCCACUGUUCCAGCCUGGUUCCAUAACAUAUUUGGUUCCCUGACUGAGAAACCUAACCGCGCUGGCCCAUUGUUGCCACUGGUUUGGAAGAAUGGCUAGGCUGUGACGGAGCAAGGAGCAAGGAAUCAUAAAGAAGAAGGCGUGUCCUGACUGAAUUUUGGCAGUCCCGUGUUCAGUCACCUGGGGCUGGCUGUGUUCUGUCGUUCCUGCUGGACUCAAAGAGACCUGGUAGGUGAGGACCUGGACCUGAAGUGAGAACCUCACAAGUGAGACUACCAAAGUAGUCAGGCCCAACCAAAAGGGUGGAAGGGGGGGACUUGAUCACUUCCUGGAGACCUUAGUGGUCUCACAGGUAGAAAAUCUUACAGGAGGGAAUGUAAUAGACUCUGGUGUGUGUGUGUGUGUGUGUGUGUGAGAGAGAGAGAGAGAGAGAGAGAGAGAGAGAGAAUGUGCGGCUUGGCCAGGCUUGCCACUUGAGUUCGAGUUUGUGGCUCCACGGACGGGCACCCUUAAGGUCCCAAAAUUCUACGGAGUCUGAGUGGGCUCUCCUGAGUCUCAGUGAAAGGCAUACGGUCCAGGGUGGCAUCAGAUUAGACUCCGAUCACAAGUCACAAAGCUGAGUCUGCUACGGCCAAGCCUCACCUAAAGUUUCCCUUGGGAACACAACCAAUGGAGUAUCUGGUUGGUCCUGAGGGCAUCCGAGCGGAUACCCUCCCUUUGUCUGUUUCCCUGACACCAAACACGAGAAAGGAAUUAAUAAUGGGAUCAAAACAGAGUAAGCCUACAAUUUUAGAGGUCACGCUCAAAAAUUUUAAAAAGGGAUUUUCAGGCAAUCACAGGGUGAAAAUGACACCCAGGAAGUUAAGGACCUUUUGUGAACUAGAAUGGCCUAUAUUGAAUGUAGGAUGGCCCCCGGAACGGACAUUAGAUGCUCAAGUAGUGCAGCGGGUUUGGCUGAUAAUCAAUGGGAACCCAGGUCACCCUGAUAAAUUUCCAUACAUCAACUCCUGACUUGAAAUUGCCUGAAAUCCUCUGUCUUAGGUGCGACUCAUCCAUAGCAAGCAGAGUCAGGCAAAGGUUUUAGCAGCUUUAUCCGGAGAUUCACCCAGGGAGCCAAAGAAGAAACUCACCACUCCCCUAGUGUUUGCAUGACACCUGGAGGAAGAUCCCGUCUUUCUGCCACCUUAUGACUCACCAGGCUCCCUCCCCCAUGCCCCUGAGCUUGAAACUCCUCCCCCAUCUGUCUCUCCUCUGCUGCCACUGCUGCCCAUGUCUCCUCACCUCCUGCACCCAGAGAACCCUUCCCGGGAGACAAGGGCCAGCAGCCAGACUGCACCCCAGACCCAGACCUAACGCUCUCCAAAUGCCUGUAAGGGAGACGAGAGCCUGAAAGACAGAAUGAGGAUGGAACAGUCCAGCCAGCCAUUCCAUGAUGUAUUAUCAACCUUUCUCUACAACCAACCUCCUCAACUGGAAACACAAUACUCCAUCAUACUCUGAAAAGCCACAAGCAAUGGUCAACUUGAUGGAGUCCCUCUUCCAGACCCACCGACUGACUUGGGAAGAUAGUCAACAGUUACUCCAUACUCUGUUUAAUACAGAAGAAAGAAGAAGAAUGAGAGAAACAUGACAGUAUCUAGAAGAUCACACACCUCCGGGGAUCAAUGAUCCUGCUGUCUGGGCUCAAGCUGCUGUGCCUGAAGAACGCCCAACAUGGGAUUUCACCACAGAAGGACAAGCCCACAUCCGAUGAUACCAGGAAGCCCUCCUUGGGAGAAUCCAAGCUGGAGCCAAAAAGCCCAUGAACGUGACUAAAAUAUCAUCAGAAGAAAAUUCCAGAAGUUGGAGGGCUUUGCCGGGAUGAAUAUCAAUCAGCUGAUAGAGGUUGCCAGUAAAGUUUCAUGAACAAAGAAGUCACAGCCAAAAGAGAAGCAGAGAGAAGACUAAAAAAGAAGGCCACAUUUCUCGCAGCAGCACUAAAAGAAACAGACGCUGUGAAGAUGGGAAGACCCCAACCACCAAAAGGGGGGAAGACCAGAGCCCCCUUAGCAAGGGACCAAUGUGCAUACUGCAAAUAGAAGGGACCCUGGAAAAAUGAAUGUCCAAAUUGGAAGGGCCCCUCAAAGCCCUGCUGAUAUCGGGAAGAACCUUGAGGCAAGAACCUCAUCAGUCUGGCUGGGAUAGAAUCAGACUGAAGGGACAGGGCUCUUUCUCUCUUGGCCCCCAUGAAAUGAAAGUAGGGGGCCAAACAAUAAAUUUCAUUGUUGACACUGGA